AUUGCGGAGAGCUAAUUUAAUCCAUCAGGACCAGUCAGUUAUAAUCAGCAGUAACAAUGCAGGUCAGUAGCGAUUUCAUCUGGAUAUCCCUUCCCCGUUUGGGUCCCCCAGGAUGGCUCCAAGGUCGCUUUCGUUCGUGCUGCUACUUGUGUCGUAUGCGGUCGCGUCGAGUUCUUCGGCCACGGUCCCGACGGUUUCUGCUUCUGCAUUCAGUAGCAGUACCCCUGUCACGAGUAGUACAAGCUCAUUGAGCAGCGCGAGCACGUCAACCAGUGGCAUCGCAACAUCCGUGUCAACCUCCUCCUCGAUGACUUCCUACCUUGCUACUGAGACUGGUCCUUUAACUUUGCCCAUCUCACACUACUCUUUCACUCCGUUUCCGACUCCAACGCUCGCGCCAGAGCCACCAGGUUUCCCUGCAACAGAUCCUUUAUAUCCCCCUCCUGUUAGUGCAGACCCAGUGAUUGUGCCUGACUUUGCUCCAGCUUGGGCAGUCGCUUACACGAAAGCAACGUCUAUGAUAUCGAACUUCACUAUCGAGCAAAAAGUCAACAUUACUACGGGCGUUGGCUGGACUAAUGGUCUCUGUGUCGGGAACACUCCUCCUGUCGGAGACUUCCCUGGGUUGUGUCUUCAAGAUUCACCGCUUGGAGUCCGGGAUACUGACUUCGUCACUUCAUUCCCCGCUGGUAUCACUACCGCAUCCACCUGGAAUCGCGCUCUCAUGCGUGCCAGGGGUCUCGCAAUUGGUCAAGAGAACCGAAUGAAGGGUGUCAAUGUCGCUCUGGGACCCAUGAUGAAUAUGGGCCGCAUCGCUCAAGGUGGACGCAACUGGGAGGGAUUCGGCGCUGACCCGUUCUUAUCUGGCGAAGCCGCUUAUGAAACAAUCCUGGGUCUACAAUCUGGUGGUGUCCAGGCCACCGCGAAGCAUUACAUGAACAACGAACAAGAAUGGAAGCGCACGCAGGAGUCUUCCAAUGUCGAUGAUCGUACCGAGCAUGAAAUUUACGCACAACCUUUUAUGCGUGCUGUAAUGGCGGGUGUCUCAUCGGUUAUGUGCAGUUAUAACUUGGUCAAUGACACUUAUGCUUGCAACAACAACAAGACCCUCAACGACAUGAUGAAACGCGAGUUUGGCUUCCAAGGCUUCAUCCAAUCUGAUUGGUCUGCGACGAUGAGCACCCUUUCCGCUGUCGCUGGUCUUGAUAUGACGAUGCCUGGAGACAUAACCCUCGGUUCAGGGACUUCUUACUAUGGUCAGAAUCUCACGGACUUUGUCAUGAACGGCACUAUUUCUGUGCAGAGGCUUGAUGAUAUGGCGACGCGGAUUAUUGCUGCAUGGUACUACUUGCAUCAGGAUGAAGGUUACCCAAAUGCCACUGUUUCUUCGUUCGACCUCUACAACCCCAUUAAUCAGGAGGUCAAUGCGCAAAGCGAUCAUUAUCUAAUUGUACGCGAGAUUGGUGCCGCUGGUACAGUUCUUCUAAAGAAUGAAGGCGCCCUCCCUCUGGACAAGCCGAAGAGCAUCGUUUUAGUUGGGAGUGAUGCUGCUCCACCAGUUUCGGACCAGGGUGGUGAUCCAAGUGGCAUCCUUGCGAUGGGCUGGGGUUCUGGUACCGACAACUUCACGUAUCUCGUUUCCCCCUACGAAGCCAUUCAAGCACGCGCCCGGGUGGAUCAGACUAGUGUUUUCUGGAACUUUGAUGACUGGGAUCUCGCCAGCGCAGGCAAUUCCGUCAUUGGCAUGGAAGCCGCCAUUGUUUUCGUUAACUCCGACUCGGGUGAAGGUUACAUCACUGUCGAUGGAAAUGCGGGUGACAGGCAGAAUCUGAGUGCAUGGCAUCAGGGUGACCAGCUCAUUCUUGCUGUCGCUGCUCAAAACAACAACACUAUCGUGGUCACCAACUCUGUUGGUCCUUUGAUCAUUGAACCUUGGGUCGAUAACCCGAACGUUACUGCCAUUGUCUGGGCUAACCUUGGCGGCAACGAAGCUGGCAAUGCCAUCGCAGACAUUCUUUACGGUGCCUGGAACCCAUCUGGAAAACUUCCGUACACCAUUGCGAAGAGUCCCACAGACUAUCCUGCCCAGCUCGUAACGGGUGGUACUGCAGCAGAUAUCCUGUCCAUAAACUACACCGAGGAUCUCUUCAUUGACUACCGUUGGUUCGAUGCACAAAACAUCACACCUCGUUAUGAGUUUGGCUUCGGAUUGAGUUACACGACUUUCGAGUACUCUGACCUUGCCAUCACGGAAAUUUCUCCCGCCGACUCUGCACAAAUGGACCUGGUUCAGAACUGGGAAGACGGUGGUGCAACACCCAUUGCUGAAGGGUCGACAACUGCUCUUUGGCUGCAUAUGCCAGCAUACACGGUUACCUUCAAUGUGGAAAAUACUGGUACUUUAUACGGUGGCGAGAUUCCCCAACUAUACAUUCAUCACCCACCGUCAGCCGGUGAACCGCCUUCAAUCCUCAAGGGCUUUACGAAUGUCGAGGUCUCACCGGGGCAGACUACCUCCGUAUCGAUCACUCUGUCCCGCUACGAUCUUUCUAUUUGGGAUGUUGUUCGCCAGGGGUGGGCAAAACCAGAAGGAACUAUCACUUUCUCUGUUGGAGCAAGUAGCAGGGACUUUAGGCUGAAUGGGACCAUUCCUUCAUAGAUUCUUAGGUCCUUGCAUUGUAAACAAUCUUGAAGUUCUUUAGACAUGGUAGAUGGUGCACUGGUAUAUGGUGCAACGCUGGAACCCUAUUAUGAUGCUUCGUUGAGGCGUCGGAAAUUCGGUCGGAGCUCUACCGGGUCUUUCGGCCACUUUGCGCAAACCUCACCCAUCGGACCGUCAAUCUUUCACAC